AUGGAUCUAUCAUGCAAAUGUCAAGCAAUUCCUUUCGAAAAUGAAGAAUUAUUCGUUCGAAUAGAUGAUGAACUGAAAAGCGUUGAAAAGAUCAAUCUCGAUUUCGGGAAAGUCGCAGUUUUUGGACAUUACGUUAGAACCAUUUCAAUUGAAAAUUUGGAAGAAACGGAGAUCCUGAGUUACAGAAUCAAGAGAGAUGCAGAAGUUGAUGAAAUUUACCAAGUAUUUAAAUUCAAUAAGGUGGAAGGAUUCCUACUUAAAGGCAAACAACUCAAACUUAAAAUCUCUUACUACCCAAAAAUCCCAUUUCAAAUUGAUAUAGAUCACUUCGAGUUUGUUGACAGUUGUUUCAACAUCAUACAGAUUACAGUGAGAGGAGAAUCAAUAGGGCCACAACUAAGCACUUCAGUAAAAUCUCUAGCUUUCACUCUGAGAUCUCCGAAAAAACUAUGCAAGAAUAUACUGGAAAUCAAAAAUGCCACCGAAAUUCCAGCAGAAUUCAAAUUUGAUGUGAAUGAAAAUGAAGAACUAUUUCGAGUUGAACCAAAACAAGGCACUAUUGAAAGAAGUAUUUAUAUAAACAUAUCCUUCACACCCAAAGAACUUGGGGUGUACUCACAACAACUAGCAUGUUUAGUAUUUGGCCAUGAUCCAUUGAUAAUAGAUCUAUUUGGCGUUAAUUCUGAAGAAACAAGUGAUGUCACAUUCAAACCAUAUCUAUUUCCUUUUGAAGAAACAAUUGGUUAUGGGGCUUAUUUGAGAGAUACUGUAAAUGUCAGGAAAACGGUGCCUCCUGUCUCACUCACCAAGUGCAACAUAGAUUUUGAAAGAUUAUUUUUGGAGAAGAAUAAAGCAAAUAUUGCUACUCAGGCUACCAGUUUAACCAACCAUAUGAAGAAAGAUAUAGAAGUCAACUGGAUCGAAGAUGAUCAAGUUUUCCGGGUAUUCCCGAAAAGAGUGAGAAUACCACCAAAAGAUUCAGCUCUUUUUGAAUUCUGCUUUGUACCUACGGACAACUAUGGAAUCUAUAGCAAAACUUUGUUGGCACAAAUCUACUGGUCACCUGAAUUCAAAUCGCUACAACCAGCUGAAGAAAGUUCAAGUAUUCCCUUGUCGCUUGGUGUAAAUCUUCAAGGAAUCACAUACCCAGAUGAUCACUAUCUUAUCUCCCAAACUAAGAUCAUUCCCUCAGAAAUCGUAUUCCCGCCAUGUUUGCCAGGAGAAGUCACGCACACGAAUUUCAAGAUUCUAAAUACAGGACCACUUACGUUGACAUUCAAACUGAGUCCUCCCAGUAAUUCGAACAUCAUUAUGAAACCGAUGAUGGGACUUAUAAAACAAUCAGUCAUUAUCGUAGCACAACUCAGGACCCCGAGAAAACUGCCGAGAAAAUGUUCUGAAGGAUGGCACGUCAUGUUGAACAACCAAGAAUCGAAAAAGAUUCCGUUUACUUUAAGCGGAAUUUCUACACUCCCUUCUGUCGAAUUGGGGAAAAACAACUGCAUUAAGUUUGAUACAGUACAGCCUGGAACGCAUACAAUUCAAACAUUUCCUCUCCGGAAUACAUCUCACUUCCAUAUUAGUUUCAGUAUUAUGUCUCCGGAUGACGUUGACCUAAAGUUUCAACCCACGGAGGGUGACAUAGCACCUCAUGACACAAUUUUCGUCACAUUCCAUCACACAGCCAGCUUAUGUUCUCCAAAGAAGAUCGUGCUCAUCUGCAAAAUACAAGCAAUGCAGAAAAUGCUUCAAUCAAUCGGGGAAGUGUAUGAAGAAGAAUUCAUCAUACAUGCUGAUGCUGCUUAUUCACAAUUGUGUGCAACACCAAAUAAUCACGAUUUCGAGCUUGUCCAGUGGGGUAAAACAAUUGGCUCCGAAUUCAGUAUUUUCAAUUUCGGCAUUACGACUAUCCAUUUCCAUAUGGACACCUGUAAACGAUCACACAACAAGGAUAUUUUCAAAGUUAGUCCUGAAAGCGGCUCACUAGAUCCUGGCGAACGGAUGACGAUUCGAUUCGAAGGCUGUACGAGAACUUUGGGAGAAAACGAUAUCAGUAUUGUUUACGUGAACAGAAUCAGUAAAAAUUCGCAGGAAACAACAGGAAAAGAAUCCAAAGAACUGUUUCGAUUUUCAUAUUGUUGUGCAUUUCCAAAGCUUCAGAUUGUGGAAAUUGUAGAAGACGACUUUGGACCAUUAUUUGGUAAAAAACACUUAUGGACAUUUUUCAACAUCAAAAGACUGAAUUACCUCUUGCAGAAUAUCAAGUCUCAAAAAACAGAAACUGUAGAGAUGUAUCUACCAGAUUUUGAAAUUGGAUCAGGUCCGUUUUGUAUAACAUUCUUGAUGGAGAAUAAAACACUUUUUGAUGCAGAAAUCAAACUCAAGAGGAAAAAAGUGUGUGACUGUCAAAUGAAAUCAGUUCAAAGUACUUUCAAUUCCAGUAAGAAAAUAUUUGACUGUCCACAUAGAGAAAUGCUCUCAAUAGAAAUGAAUGACACAACAUUUCAGAAAAAUUCGCGAAGAUUACUUACGAUUCAUGUGAAAUAUACCAUACCGGGCGACACAAAAAUUGCCUACAUUUUGGAUAUAGGAGACGACAGGCUCAUCGAACUGUUAUUUCAAAUUCAUACUAUCCCUGCGGAUACAGCGGAGAUUUCAAGCUUCACGAAAAAAUUCGUCGCGACCAUGGAAAAUGUUUCCAUGGACAGAAGAGUCCCUCCGAUCCAGACAUUUUGGCUAUACAAUAACACCAAGAUGUCCGUCAAGUACAAGAUGGAUACCUCGGAGGUCACGAGGAUUUGCCAAAGAGAACGAUUCAAUAUAGGGGAAUGUGUGAAUCCAGAAGGACAGAUAGGACCUUAUCGGUCUUGGCCUCUGCAGUUCAAAUUUCACCCUAUUGAAGUUAAAGUACAUGAGGUUUUUAUCCCAAUCAAAUUUGGAGAUAUCACAAAAAUGUUGCAAGUUACGGGAAAUGGCGUCCCUGUAAUGAAGCCUCUAGAUCUAGAAAGAGUCACUGACAUGCCCACAAUCGGUAUGACAACCAACAAGUUUCCAGCAACUCUAUCGAAAAACUAUUUGAUUUUCAAUUCGUUGCUCGUGUGGAAUACAUCAGAACAGAUAAUAUUCAUCAACAAUGUCACUAAGGAUAGAAUUAUACAAUAUGAAUGGGCAGAAGUUGGUAUCAGAAAUAUACUAAAUAUCACUGCUUCGCCCAAAUCAGGCGUUUUGCAACCUAAAGAAUCACAAACCAUAGUAAUUAAGGUGAAAUCCUUCAACGAACCUUGCAUAACUGACAAAUUGUUGAACUGCACUUUAACAGACUACAAUCAAAUGUAUCUUCACAGAACGUCUGUUGCAUUGCAAGAUGAAAAAUUCAAAGAACUAGAAGGACAGUUUGUGUUGAAUGAGAAAGGAGAAAAGGAAUAUAUGAAAAACGAUAUCAUUUUAUAUGAUAUACCAAAACCUGAUACUAUUUCAAUAAGCAUCAGCGUGAAUAUUCUACAUGACCAAGACAUAAGAUUAUCCCAAGAAGGUAGUAAUAAUCUAAUCGAAUGGUUCACUUGGUCCCCUCAAGAAGAUAUGGAUAUCAACGUACAGAAUUUGUUGAAAACAUUUUCGUACUCUAUGGAAAAUCGGACCAGGAAUCCCGAGACAGAAAUUGGAAAAAACAUAGAAGUCUAUAAGCAUGUUGAUAUUUUCAGAGUGGUAUUAGAAGAACUCAUCACGAAUGUCACAUUUAGCAAAACCUUCAAAGAGUUAUUGAGAUGUUCACUUGAAAAAGUGCCACCUUACUACCAUCAAAUUACCAUGGAUGAUAGACUGAAUCAGAAAACUAUGGUUGAUCCAGUGAAUAAAGAUACUUUGGAUAAAAUAAGGCAGCAGGAAAUAAAGAAAUUCUUUGAGAAACCGACAUUGUCAGUGAUUUCCGAAGUUUUGAAAGAAUUGAUACUAGAUGGUAUCCAGGAAACCUUCAAGCUUGGAAUAACUCACCCAACAGAUACUGAUUAUAAGCAAAUGGACAAAGGGGUGGAAGAACUUUUGAAAAUUUGUAAAGAUUGCUCCUGCAAAAUAAAUAAGAUGUAA